AUGCGGACACAAACGAUCCUGCGACGGUCUCGCUCACUGCUCAAGGCCUCGGCCGCCCACAGAAGUCGCCAGCUACCGGCGCUGUUGUCAUCGUCGUCAGCACGUCUCGCUCGUGUCUCGCGCAAGGAGCAACCACCCGCACACUCAGCAUCCCGCCAGUCCAAACGGCUUUCAUCUUCGGCGUCCGCUUCCACUGCGGAGGUAAAGGACAACGACAAAGACUCGGCUGGUGAACCUACCGGCUCUCCUGCUGCACCCUCGGAUGAACCUCCCGAAGACCCAGAAAAGACCGAACCGGAGAAGCAGCCUGCACGGCGCACACGGGUGUCGGCGAGUGCGGCAGCCAAAGAGUCGGAGGAUCGGCUUGAACUGCCAGCUGGGCUAGACAUAUUAUGGACACCAGACUCGGAUGCGACAGAAACCGACUUUACCAGCAAUCCGAACCUCCCGCCACCGGAGGUGUUUGAGGAAGCUUUGACUAGCCUUCACGUCACUCUCCAUCCGCAAACACAGCACUCGGCUGCCUACCGUUCUCCGUCUGGUCCACCUUCGGAGCCGACGUUUGCACUGUACUGUCCAAUAGAGGGAGGAGACUAUGUUAUAGAUGAGACCGUUCGCGAGCUUGCUAGACGGACUGGUUCAGAGGUUGUGGUUGUGGACGCUGUUCAACUCGCCGCCGGUGAAUGGGGACAAUUUGGCAAAGCUGCCAGCUCGUUAGCAUUGCCACGGAAUCCUCUGCACCACUACUCGCCAACUGGCUCGCCUGCCCGCGCUGACCGCUCUUCGCCCAUAGAUGACGAAGAUGAUUUUCCCAUGUCGCCAUCCAUGGGGAUGGGCAUGCCCUCCCAGAUGACCCUUCAUGUCAUGGCACCGGUCUCUGGUCGCGGACGUCCUUCUUUGCUAGCUGCAUCACCCAAGGGAAAUGGUGCGGCAAGCAGGUUCAAGGCUUUCUUCGACGAACUUGUCAACGUGCCCUCUCUGUCUUCCGAAUCGUCCGACAAGACGGGCAUUCGCCGACCGCGAAUUGUCUACGUUCGCGACUUCCCUACCCUUGCCUCCUCCUCAUCCACAUGGUACCCUCAUCUACUCUCCGCUGUUCGCCAGAGGCGCCUUGGACCAAUGUCCCGCAUCACCAUUCCCGUCAGCAACCCGAUGACCAUCAUCUUUGGCAUCACCCCACCGCUUACCCCACCGUCUUCGUCGCCAACCUCUUCAUCAGGCUAUCACAGCUUGGUCAACUCAAUAGCUCGACGCAUGUCAGUGCUCCCAGGUUCACGGCCGGGCCACUCAGAUUGGGUAGAAGAUGACCCGGCGGAGAAGGCCCGCGAACGGCGGUUGAGAGAAAGGUUAAGGAAAUGGGAAAAGAACGACGGCUCCUUGGUGGAGGAGAUCCCAAAGCUGUCUACGCGUCCGGAAGACGCUGACGGCUCGCCCAUGUCCAACCCGGGCAUCGUUGUGCUUGGUGGUCCCGGAGGCGGAGGAGGCAUCCUCGAGUCGUUGGCGGGCGCUGCCGGCGGUAACGGAGCAGGACCAGAGAUGGAAGCCAAAUUCUUCCGGACGUCUGUUCUUGUGCCUCAUAUCCGGUCGAUGGCACGCGAGCGGGACUGUCGCAUGCAGCGUCGGAGGGAGAUCAACGAGCUCACGAUGCGGAUGGGCAUCGGCGCUGUUGGUGGAGCUCUCGACAAACUCGAGGAUCCCAAGGCUCCUCAGCAGGCUGGUGAAGGCGAGCCAUCGUCGUCUUCGGAGUCUACUGAGCGCACGACGGAGGAUAGCAUGUGGGCAGACUGGAGUAAUCGGGUGGAGGUGUGGCCUACUGUCAAGCAGAUCGCUGACCGAGCAGUCGGGAGUGUGAUUGCUGGGGCGCCGUUGGCACCUCCGCCGAAACGGUCGCUGGCUAAUGUGGAACAGACACCUGUGCCCUGGGCUGCUGUUCAUCGAGCUUGGGCUGCACAGCGUUCUUCCCAUGAGUUGCGGAAAUCCUGGGUCAAAGACUCCGUUUCGAAGACACACCGUUCCAAAGACUUCAAGGAGAUAGAGGAAGAAGCGGAUGAGGAUGAGGACCAGGCCGGGGAGGAGACCGCUGACGAGACCAUUGAACGGUUGAAGUCGGAUCCUGACCUCGAUCAACAUGAGCAGCGGUUGUUGUCUUGCAUCGUGAAUGCAACCUCGAUGACCACAACGUUCAGCCAGGUGCAUCUACCACCCCAGACAAUUGAUGCCGUACGAACGAUCGUUUCACUCCCUCUGCUCUACCCGUCAGCCUUCCAGCAAGGUAUUUUGAAGGAACACGGCAUGACUGGCUGUCUUCUGUUUGGCCCUCCUGGCACAGGCAAAACGCUCGUCGUCCGUGCUCUUGCGAAAGAGGCUGGCUGCCGCAUGCUCAUGGUGUCGCCUUCUGAUGUUAUGGACAUGUACGUUGGCGAAGGCGAAAAGCUUGUUCGUGCCGUGUUCUCGCUCGCUAGGCGGUUAUCCCCUUGCGUUGUUUUCCUGGACGAGAUCGAUGCUCUCUUCGGAGCUCGUGCAUCCGCGAGGGAAAGCGGAGGUGCCUUCGCACACCGCGGCGUCAUCACGGAGUUCAUGCAAGAGAUGGAUGGGCUGAAGACCUCCAAGGAGGACCGUGUAGUUGUAAUUGGAGCCACGAACAGGCCCUUUGACCUAGACGAUGCCGUUCUUCGUCGUCUUCCUCGGAGACUGCUGGUUGACUUGCCAGGCGAGAAGGAGCGUGAAGAAAUUCUCCGGAUUCUUCUUCGUGACGAGACUCUCGAUGUAGGCGUUGAUAUGAACGCCUUGGCUAAACGGACGGAGAGUUUCUCAGGAUCCGACCUGAAACAUCUUUGUGUUUCUGCAGCUCUUGAUGCGGUCAAGGAAGAUGUUACCGUUCCCUGGAGUGUCCAGCCGACUCCUUCCUCGUCAGACGCUCCUUUAGAGAAGGGUGCGCCUCAGGCGCUUAAAGUGGCACCUGGGGAGCCGGCUUCGCAAGCAGAGAGCCAAGGCCCCUCGAAAGAGCAAACCACAUCGGAACAGUCCUCGGGCUCUCAACCCCGUGUAUUGCUUCUAAAACACUUCGAGAAAGCCUUGAAAGAGAUUACACCAUCAUCUUCGGAGGCGCUGGGUAGUCUCGCCGACUUGAGGAAGUGGAACGAGGAGUUCGGACAGGGUAGAAAGGGACGCAAGCAGCAGGUGUGGGGUAGAGGGAAGUUCGGGUUCAACGAACAGAUAGACAUUACGCACGAGGAGGGACGGGUUGCGCCUCCCUCUGAAUAAUCUCAUGAAUAACUUGCUAUAGACUAAGCAGACUACACAGUUUUGGUGAAUACUGUAACACGAAUGGGAC